AAAUUAUCAUUCUAAUAACUAUGAUACUAUAAAGCUCACGAUUCACAAAUUCACAAACAUCUAAAACUAGUAAAACUAAACGCUUUUAUUUUACAUUUUGCUCAAUCGUUAUUAUUUUGAAAACCGCUAAGAAAUAAAUAUUCAACUUUCGAAUUGUGGUGUGCAGUAACAGUACCGUGCUGGGUACAAACUACAAUUUGCUUAACAAUGGAUGCUGACAAGUUAUUUAUUGGUUCUCAACACAAACUGAUCAGUGAAAGCAGCUUAAAGUGUAACGUUGAUGAUGUCAAUCAACUACUAUCCAUCAAAAAACGGAUAUUAGAACAACCACGUAUUGAAAAAUGUGCAUCACUUGCUGAAGCUGAAUGGAAUGACGAUUUGAAGUUAGCAAAACUAACAAAAGUUACAAAAAAUCUUACCAAAAAUUUUUCACAUUCUUUGAAUAAGUCAUUGUAUUUAUAUCCAGAAGAAUGUUUGUGCUUGCUAGAAAUGAAAUGUUUGUUACUAAAAUGGAAUGAAAGAAAACUGUCAAUUAAAAAUGCAUUUUCUUUAUUGUUGGCUGCAGGAAGUGGUUGUACUUUUGAACAAUGUAGAACCUAUGGUUAUUUGGUUAAAUUAGGAUUUCGGGUAUUUAAACAUGACAACAAGCUAAAAAAUAAUACACAUGAUUCUAAAGAUGUAUCAAAACUUCCAGAUCUGUCAACUAAAAGAAAAAGAAGGAAUGCAAAUUAUAGGUCUAUACAGACUGAAAAUUCUCCUAAAGUUUUAAAAAAAAUAUCUUCUCCUAAACUCAAAACUCAUUGUAAGAUAAUAUUUACACCACAAUCACACUAUAUGCCACAAAACGUACAACCAUUUUAUGAUGUUUAUUCAUACAAUCUAGCUGUAAUUUCUGGAAGUGUUGAAAUAAUUGAUUUUAAGUAUUUUGAAGAAAAAACUGCUUCAGAAAAUUUGAAAAAAGAAAGCAUAGUGUACGAAUUACAACCUAUUGGAAUGUAUCCUGUCUAUGAGAAAAAUAUUCCACAAACUAUAAAAUCUGAUGAAGAAAAUAUUUUUGAGCCUAGAAUUAAAAGAUUGAAAUUUACUGAAAUUAAAAAAGAUCAGUCACUUAAUACUUUGGCUAUGACAGCUUCCACUUCAAUUAAUGCUAAAAACUUGAGUUCAUUGAGUAGUACAACAAAUUUGACCAUGAUUCAAGACUGUGAAGAUUCAAAAAAUAACAAAAUUAUGGAAAUUAAUUCUUUAGUCAGCUUGAGUACUGGAAAUAACUUUUCUGCAUCUAAUAACAAAAUUAGUUUUACUAAUAAAUUGCUUGAUGGUGAAAACAAUGAAAAAAUUCAAAAUAUUAAUGAAGGAUUUGCAACAAAUUUAACACAAAAUGUAAAUUUGAGUAGAGAAGAAAAAAAUGAACCUGACAGCAAACUACCAGAAUCUACACUAUCUGAUGCUAUUCCUGAAGAAGAACUACUCAACAUGCAUUUAAACGUACCAAGUCACAUUAGGCAGAAACUAUUGGCGAUAAAACCAUCAACUCUUCAUAAAGAGUCUACAAAAAAUGUCAAUAAUAAGCACUCUGUGCAUUAUGAUGUUUACUAUCCGGAUAAUGAUGUUCCAAAAACAUUGAGACCUGCGCCGGACUUUAGAGUUAUUGUUUUCGAAGAUGAUUUGGAAUGCUUUCCAAAUAUAUAUGAUAUCAAUAUUUCAAAUCCUAAUGACAAUAUACCUACAUUAUGGGCCAUUGUAAAUUCAAGUUCCGUUUCAUUUUUCAGUGUGGAUAGUAUAAUUUUGCCAAAAACUGCAGAUUGGGAUAAAAAAGGUGAUUGAUUUGAAUUCAAUUGUUUUAUUAUAUUAUUAACAUUUAUUUAUCAUACAUAAUAUUAUUUUGUACUCAUAAAUUGUGUAACUGUACUAUUUUUGAUAUAAAUGAGUUAGUAAUAAUCUAA